AUGGAGAACGACGAUAAAUAUCUCCCUGAGCUUCUGGCAGAGAAGGACAGUCUGGACGCGUCGUUCACGCACGCCAUGAAACUUUUAAACAAAGAAAUCGGUAGAAUCCAGAGAGGGGACACAAAAAAGGAGACAGAAACCUACCUGGACCUUUUCACAACGAACAGCGUCAAACUCAAGGAGCGAGUGCUCAUACCUGUCAAACAGUACCCAAAGUUCAAUUUUGUCGGGAAGAUUCUGGGACCUCAGGGAAACACGAUCAAACGUCUGCAGGAGGAGACGGGAGCCAAGAUUUCUGUGCUGGGCAAAGGAUCCAUGAGAGACAAAGCCAAGGAGGAGGACCUGAGGAAAGGUGGCGAGCCCAAGUACGCCCACUUGUCUUUGGAGCUGCACGUGCUCAUCGAGGUGUUCGCCCCUGGGCCCGACGCUUACAUGCGCAUGGCGCACGCCAUGGAGGAGGUCAAGAAGCUGCUGUUCCCUGAUUUGAUGGAUGAAAUCUGCCAGGAGCAGUUCAUGGAGAUGAGCUACCUGAACGGAGGCCAGGAGCACGGCGGCAGAGGGCGAGGGGGCAUGCCUGUUAGGGGCCGUGGCGUCCCCCCAGCAGGAGCACUCAGGGGAAGAGGGAUGCCUCCUCACGGUGCCGCAGGCAGAGGAGGCGUGACUCGAGGUGGCCCAGGCAGAGGUGGAGCAGUGAGGGGGGGCCCAGCAGGCAGGGGAGGACCUCCUGCAGUUCCCAACAGAGGAGCGGUGGCACCGCGUGCUCGAGCCCCAGCUGGAGGACCACCCCAGAGGAUGGCACCACCCUCCGCUCACUCCUCCAGUGCAGCUGCUGAGGGUUAUGAUGAAUACGGCUACAACGAGGGCUACACAGACUCGAGCUACGAGUCGUAUAACAGCUACUACAGUCAGCCUCAGGCAGAACCCGAAUAUUACGACUAUGGACAUGGAGAUAGCACAGAGUCAUACGAAUCAUACGACCAAGAUGACUGGAACGGCACCCAGAGGACAGUUCCAGGAAAGGCACCUCCCCCCUCCAGAGGCGGCAAGACGACGUACCGGGAGCACCCGUACCGAGCGUACUGAAGCAGACCCCCCCUUUAGCAUUGCCCCGAUAACGGCCUGUCGACCACGGCAGCUCUCGCUUUAACGAGCUUGACAAAAGUAAUUGUUUUGUCUUUUUAUUUGUUUUUAUUUUUUCUAUAAGGACUUUAUACAAAAGAGCAAAUUGGGGACUGAAAAUUCAAACUUAUUUACAUUUGACUUGACUCCCUCGCUCCUCCUCCUGUCCAACCUGGGGGGGUUUUGGACGGGUCAGAGAGACGUUGACAUUCUUCUCUCUCUCUUCCAUUUAACGUUUAGUUUUUUUGUUUUCCUCUGACCAUUUUAUUCCCCCCCCCCC